AUGGAUCCCAUCCAAUCAUUCCUGGACUCGUACCAACAGAACGACAGCGACCACAUUCCUCGCCCAGCCUGCUGCUGCGGCAACGAGGCCUGCGCGUAUUUGAGACACAACCAGAGCGCGCUCGAUGGGCUGGAGAAGGAUGUAUCGACCGCGGCGCGGUUGGGCAAGGCUUGUCGCAUGCGGACGGAUGAGCGCAAGAUGCUGGGGAUACGCGCAUGCGGACGCGCGACGGAGCUGCAUGCGGCGAAGGUCGAUGAUGGGAUGUCCGGGCUAAUGUUCUCGUUGCAGGCGUUGUUGGUGAGACACGAAUCGUACAUUGCCGACUCUGAGCGCGAGCGCAGGGAGAUGACGGCGCAUAUCGGGAUGUUGGAAAAGGAAAAGCAGGUGCUGGAGAAGAAAAACGCGACGGUCAUUGAGGAGAAUCGCAAUCUUUUGGAUCAGUUGGAGGCGGUGAACAGCGCCGUGUCGGAGUCUGAUGCGCAUGUGGUCAAUCUUCAGGCGACGUUGCAAUCGACUCAGCAGGAGCUGCAUAAGUUGAGCCAGCUUGCAGCAAGGACGGAAUCCCUGGAGCGACAACUGGCUGAAUACGAGCGGGAGCAGGCGACAUGGCAGAACACGUUCGAGGCCAAGGAGGAGUCUGAGAAGUCUGCGCUUCGGAGAUGGCAGAAGGCUGAGCGAACUCUGGCGCAGCUGCAGGACCAGAUCGAGCGGAUCGAACGCGAGGCGAAGGAGGAGCACGAACGUCACCAUGAGGUCGUAGAGCGGAUGGAGAGGAGGCAUGCUGUUGAGAAGGAGUUGGGCUCUGCUGCUGGACGGCUGAAGGGUGCUGCCGCGGCGAAGAAUGGCGCUGGCGAAGGCGAGGGUACGAACGUCGUCUCACAUUUCGUCAAAGACAUCCUGCAGGACAACGCCAACCUUCAGAUGGGUAUCGUGGAGCUUCGGGAGAUGCUGAACAACUCGAACGAAGAAGUUGAGACACUGCGAAAACAACUCCAGACUCACCAGCCUGUGGAAGACGAGCAACUACCCACAAAGGUGCCGGCCAAGCGCGACGACCUACGACAGGAGCUAAAUCGAGCAAACUCGUCCGAGCUGCAUGUUCAUCACCACUACCACGCGCCAUCCGCUACGCCGAAGCCGCAGACUCUACGUCGACCAAAGAAGAAACGUCUUGGAUCGUUCACCCCCGGCAGCUUCACACCGCCUUCGAGGUCGGGCACGCCGCGAUCGUUCUCCUCAUACAACUCACCCACUCCGACUGCCGCCAUACUUCAGCAGACAGCUGCCAGCAUACCGCAGCCAGUACCGAUGCGCAAUCGAUGGUCUAUGCAGUCGAACAACACCUACCAUUCAAUGCUCGCAACAUCCGGACCAAGCUCACCGCAGUCUACGACGAACCGGACUUCAUCUAUCUUCGACCGCGUCUUUAGCGAUGCCGGCAUGGACUCGUCGCGGCCUACCACACCGGACACUGAGGACCCGGGUUCGCCUGUCUUCGCUCCCACAUAUUCCAAGCGUGACUCGCAGAGUUCAUUCCGGACGUACAGCGCACCAAAUGUCUCACGCGGUGGCAUCAACAACAGCGGACCUCGGCAGUCCCUCGAUUCUAUCCUGAGCAUCGAAGAGCUUCCAAAGCUCGAUCAGCAUGUGAUGGAUCCAGAGCCAAUACCUGAAGAGCCAGAAGGAGAAUGGGAGAACGAGAGCUCGGUGCCAGAUGGGGCGUCAAAUGUGUCUCCCAUGUCAGAGGAGAUGUCAAACCCUCUCUACGACCAGUCAUUCUAUCGACCACACACGCUUCGCCGGGCUACCUCUCAUGAAAGCAUCCUAUCCGUGUCACGAGCCGACGGCCACGGUCUAAAGACACGACCUUCCCAGCUCCUGGCACCCUAUGGUGGUCGUGGUAUCACCUCACAAGCCGUGACUUCCGACACCACAGCUCACGCAGACAGGCCCGCUGCGAUGUCUCGCCCAUCUGCCAAUAGUAAGAAUCUGCUCAGCGGCAUGGCAGCGGAUCAGCGUCAGCAGGCAGCACCGGCAAGUAAGCCCAGCGCGAGCAAGAAGACGGGCGGCUGGAUUUUUGGCCGCUGGGGCGCGACGCCUGCGCACUACGAGGAGACGGCUCCGAGUGCUGCUGCACCUGUGAAGUCGGUGGUAAAGAAGUCUGCCAGCCAGUCGUUAGCGAGUGACAACCUGGCGGCGCAAAAGCCAAGCAGUGCCUCGUCCGCAGGCGACAAAGUGGCGAGCCCUGUCGAAGUACCGGCCAAGAAGCCAACCAGCUCCUCGUCCGCAGGUGGCUCGAUGGCAAGUCCUGACGCUCAAGCCACACCUCGAAAGAUCAAAGCUCGUACGCCGGGUAUCAACCAGUCGGGCCCGAUCGAAGGAUUCUUUCCAGAGGUGAGGUCGCCGAUACGAGAGCCGCUGCUCAAGAGCUUGGAUGAGGAGGGGCUGAGGAGGCUGCUGGAUGGGAAGUGA